AUGGACCUGUCUCCGAUUGCAACGACCCUGGCGCCCGUACUGGAGUCGAAUGCGAAUAUUUUAGAGAAUCUCCAGACUGCGAUAGACAACGUCGAAUCUGAAAAAGACAAAGAAGCCCUAAACAAUCUCUACCUCGCGGCCGACCAUCUCAGCGACCUGACGAUUUUCGUCUUCAUCAGUUUGUCCGUUAACCAGCAGGCGCUGAGACGGUCGAUCUGGUGA